AUGACAGAAUCAGAAACUAAAUCGAAAAAGACUCGAACAGGCCAUUUAGCGUCACCGACAAAUGUAAAUGCAGCAAAUCAUCUGUCGUAUUUAUUCCAAAUAGCACAUACAGUUUUACUAACGACGACGGAUUUGAACUUAGUUCGUCAUCUUGUCAAACAGAUUCGUGUACAUGCUCAGAAGAAACAAAUUCGUUUACAUCCGGAAAUGAAGCGAUUGUUGUGCCAAUGUUGUAACAUGAUUCUAUGGGCACCGUUAACUGCGAAUGUUCAUUUUAAUAAACGUAAAACAGGAAUUAUUGUUACUUGUUCGACAUGUGGUCGAUCUCGAACGUAUCCAAAACAGAACUCCUGGCCAACGGAAUACGGCGCUCAUAUGCCGAGCGAUUGGCUUUUUGAUCUCUCACCUUCCGCUGCAAAGGAAAAUACAUAA